UCCACCUCUCCUCAGAACAAAGUCCAUGCCAGCCCUGCCGACCACACCACAGAUGCUUCACCUCCUCAUCUGUCCAAAAACAUCAGUAGUGAUGCUGCUGAUGGAACCUCGGUGGCUAACAGAUGAACAGAAUCCAUACAACACAGCACUUCAGGAUGGAAACACUGGUUUGGUCAAAGCACAAACUUGGACCCACAGAGCAGAGGAAGGAGGAAACAUCACAGUUAAAUGCAGCUUUUAUUUCUCUCGAAGCAGGAAACUGUUCUGUAAGGAAAAAUGUGAAAAUGGAAACAUUCUUGUUGAAACAUCUGAUGAUGCAGCUCAGAACGGCAGAUACAGCAUUAAAUAUGAAAACAAAGGCUUUCCCCCAUUUACUCUGUAUGUGAGCAUCACACAGCUGAAACAGUCUGACUCAGGAUGGUACAGGUGCUCUUUGGACAAAGGCUGGAGUCCAGAUGGGAAGGAUGAUUUUGAGCUGAUUGUCACAGAAGCUUCAACCACUUCAACACCAAACGGGACUCUGAGACCUUUUUCAGCUCCAGUGUUUCUCUCAUCAGCCUCCACACCACCAACAACACAGAGUUUAAGCUCAACUUCAGGAAGCUCCACACCUUCAUCAGCCUCCUCUGGAAGUUCAGAUGUGCUGAUUUAUGUGGGUCUGAUUCUGGUCGUUAUGAUUGUCGUCUUAUCAGCAGCUCUGCUGAUUUUCUACACAAAGAGGAAGACCACUAAACCCAGAGGACCUCCUGUGGAAACAGACACAGAGGUCAACAGGUUGUAUGACGAGAUCAGAGAGUGUGACAUACCGAGCAGGUCACCUCCUGUAGAAGUGUCUUCAGUGUAUGAUUACCCCAAAGGUCCCCGUUCAGGUGGAGAUGGAAGCGGAGGCAUCUACAGCCUCGUCACCUCUGCUCAGAACAACGCAGAUAACCUCUGCUACGCUGAAGUGGAGUUUUCCCACAUUCCUGCCACCAGCAGCGCCCCCUGUGGUGAAGCAACUGAUGUUGUCUACUCAAUGCCUCAGGUGGACCUGAGUACUGCCAUCCACACCAAAGAUGCUUCACCUCCUGUGUACUCUACUGUUUCCUCACUAUGAAUUACUUCAGUACUUUUUUUAAACCUGUCCUGUCCAGCAGCUGUAACAAGCGUAAUGUCUGAAUGCUUUGUUUUGCCAAACAUAUUUGCUUUCCCAAGAGGGGCACUGUAGGCUCUCUGUAGGCUCCUCUUUUUAGGUUUUUGUUUUAUUUAUUUAAUCCUAUUAUUCAUAUUUUUCUGUGUAUGGGUGGGGGAAAAUCGAGGAUGAAGCCAACAGACAUGCUGGGUCUCCAACUGCUACAUCUGUGACAAAGUACACAAACAAUAAGCAACACCUGAAAGACAAAACACAGUGUGUGUGUGUGUGUGUGUGUGUGUGUGUGUGUGUGUGUGUGUGUGUGUGUGAACCAGAAAGAGAGAAGAUGGGAGUGUGUAUGAUUGUUUGUCAUGAAACACAUUUGAGAAAUGAGGGUGAAGGCCUGGGAAAGACCCAAGAGACCUGAAGAUCUUAAUCUCGACAACCAUACAUUCUAUCCUAGCCGAGGGAAGACGGAGGCCGGACGGAGCUCCUAUAGCCAGCAGGCAACCAACCCCGCUGGCCACCCCAGCAUGAGGCAAAGGCGGGACUCAGUAACUGCCCAACACCCACCGGAGCCCCCACCGCACAAUGAAGAGGCCCAAGCUAGCCCCGGACACACACAGCCAUCCCCACACUCUGAAGUGUGGAUGGACAGGUGCCUUCCCAUAGCCAGCAGUGAUCCCGGGACGCAGUCAGCCAGUCCCCCGAUCACCAGCCAGACACGACAUCAGCCAGGGUGGUGAUAAUUACAUGAGCACUUAAGCUAUGGGUGAAACCUCAACUAUCCCAGUGGCAACAGCUCAGUACAAAUUAUACAAAAGUUAGUUUGUUUAUUUUUCUACUUUUGACAUAUUUAUAACUUCAAUGCACAGUCAUAUAGCCUCAGGUUAAAGCUGUUUUUAUUACAGCUGCUUAUAAUUCAGCUCAACAGAUACAAAAAAUGUUGCUAUUAUGACUUUGUAGGAUAGAUGAAACCGUUGCAGGAAACAGACUGCUAUCAUUUAAGGACAUGUGAUAUAAGGAAAACAAAAAGUGAAGAGAUACAGUAACCUACAUGUUUUUAAUGAAAAUAAAUAUGAACAUUGGCAGUUUUAACAGUGUCUGGUUUUCAUUUAUAAAAUAUCUUAUAGAUAUUAAAAUAUACACAUUUCCUUCACUUCUCCAGUGGAAGUAUUUAGACUCUUCUUCAUACAGAGGAUAUUGAAAAAGAAACCAACUGGACUUCUUAAACUUUUUGAAGAUGCUUCAUCCAGGAGGCUUCUUCAGUUCUAAAAACCAAGAGGUGGAGAAUCCCAGGUGUUUGAAUCUUAGUGGUCAUUGGCCCAGUAUUGAUCAUGUGCCUCAUCACAUGAGCCAAGGUGUGAAAAAACAUUUAGGGUGAAACCACUGUGGUACAUCAUAUGACCCACUGAGGUCACCUGAAGCAAGGUGUCUCAAAACUACUUAGUAGGUGGCUGAUGGGUGAUGUCAUAAAUCACCCUACCUGGCCGGCAGACAGGACCAGACAUGGGAGGACCAAACAGCGCGCUGACCUCUGAUGGAGAUGCAGCUGGACUAGACGGCAGCAUGGAGGUUGCAAGUGGUUCAGCUGCUGGCGGCAUGGCAGCUGUGGAUGGUUGAGCUGGUGGUUGAGCUAGCAGCUGAGUAGGUGGUGGCAUGAAAGCCAUGGGUGGUGGAGUCACAGGUGACGGCGUGACAGCUAUGAACGGUUGUGCUGGCAGUUAGAUGGACUCUCCUGAGCCACCAGUGAGAACAGGCAGCAGCAUGGAAGCCAUUGACAGCUGGACGAACUCUCCAGAGCCCCCAGCGGAGGCAGAUGACAAAUAAACGGA